GCGCUCAGUGGCUGUCCUUGUCGUUUACUGUUCCUCGAUUUUCUCCUUUCCGCACUAGCGGAUGAUCAUUCGCAAGCAUGUAUGUGGAUGCAUGCGUGUCCACUAUGGCCAUACAUACAUGCAUGUGGAUGGUAAAGCUGACAUGACACUUGGAAGCGAGCGGAAAAUAUCAUUGCCACGUACGCAGUCCUCCGAGCAGCUAAAGAUCUCAUCUCUCUCUCUCUCCUAUCAAAACUACAGCCUCUUAAAAUCUAAAUAACGCUUCACACUUGUGAAGAAAUUUGGAAAAAAAAAAAAAAAGAAGGAAAAAUCUCGAUCUCGUUGCAGUCACUGUGUCGUACCAGUUUCCCUAAUUUUCGAAAAUUUUGGGAAUUGAAAUUUUACCUGGAAGGAGAACCAGAACUUUGGAUUGUGAUUAUAAUCAUAACCUCUGUUCUGAACCGGAGCUCUGUAGCCAGGACUGACUCACUGUUGUAAAUUAUUUUUCGGAAGAGGGAGCAUCAGUACAGAUUUUUGAAUUACUGUUGCGUGCUUGAGCUCAAUUUUUUGUUGUUAAUUCUUUAAUUGCGGGACCUGACAAGGUGCUAUGCUCGGAAUGUUGAAUUACAAUCUUCUGUUCAUUGAUCGAUAGCCAUUGAAGAAGUAGAAGCUUGUGGCUGUUUUUCCCAGCUCUGUUUUGCGUAAGUUCCUGUGGUUGGUGCAAAAGGGCUUGUUGCCAACAUAUUCGUAUGGCUGGAUCAUGCGAAAGGUGGAUUGAUGGUCUUCAGUUCUCCUCAUUGUUCUGGCCUCCGCCUCUAGAUGCCCAGCAACGGAAGGCUCAAAUUACUGCUUAUGUGGAGUUACUUGGCCAGUUCACAUCAGAAAAGUUUCCUGAUGAUAUUGCUGAGCUCAUCCGAAACCGUUAUCCAUCAAAGGAGAAGCGUCUUUUUGAUGAUGUUUUGGCAAUGUUUGUCCUUCAUCAUCCGGAGCAUGGGCAUGCUGUUGUUCUUCCAAUCAUUUCAUGUAUCAUUGAUGGUACACUGGAGUAUGAUAGAUGUACUCCCCCCUUUGCUUCUUUCAUUUCCUUAGUCUGCCCUGACAGUGAGAACGAAUAUUCAGAACAGUGGGCACUGGCAUGUGGGGAGAUUUUGCGAAUUUUGACUCAUUAUAAUCGUCCAAUUUACAAGGUGGAAUAUCAGAAUAAUGAAGCAGAUCGGAGCAGCAGUGGCAAUCAUGCUACAACAAGUAGCUCCAAGGAUGGGGGAUCCUGUCAUGCACCUGUGGUGCAACACGACAGGAAACCAUUACGGCCUUUGUCUCCUUGGAUUACUGAUAUAUUGCUUGCUGCCCCUCUGGGUAUCAGAAGCGACUAUUUCCGUUGGUGCAGCGGUGUUAUGGGAAAAUAUGCAGCUGGAGAACUCAAACCACCUACAACUGCUUCUUCUCGUGGAUCUGGGAAGCAUCCCCAGCUCAUGCCAUCCACUCCAAGGUGGGCUGUGGCUAAUGGUGCUGGUGUUAUAUUAAGUGUUUGUGAUGAGGAAGUCGCUCGCUACGAGACUGCUACAUUAACAGCAGCUGCUGUUCCGGCGCUACUGUUGCCACCUCCAACAACAGCAUUGGAUGAGCAUCUAGUUGCUGGGCUUCCAGCAUUGGAGCCGUAUGCGCGUUUAUUUCAUCGGUAUUAUUCAAUCGCUACUCCAAGUGCCACCCAAAGACUUCUUCUUGGACUUCUAGAAGCACCACCAUCUUGGGCCCCAGAUGCACUUGAUGCUGCUGUACAGCUGGUGGAACUUCUUCGGGCAGCUGAAGAUUAUGCAUCUGGAAUGCGGCUUCCAAUGAAUUGGAUGCACUUGCAUUUCUUGCGUGCAAUUGGGACUGCAAUGUCCAUGAGAGCGGGUAUUGCUGCAGAUGCUGCCGCAGCUUUACUUUUCCGUAUACUUUCACAGCCUGCAUUGCUUUUUCCUCCACUAAGACAAGUUGAAGGGGUGGAAGUUCAACAUGAACCUAUGGCUGGUUAUAUUUCAUCUUACAGGAAGCAGAUAGAAGUGCCUGCAGCUGAAGCAACAAUUGAAGCCACUGCUCAAGGGAUUGCAUCAAUGCUUUGUGCCCAUGGCCCUGAGGUUGAAUGGAGAAUUUGUACCAUAUGGGAAGCUGCUUAUGGCUUGAUUCCUUUAAGUUCCUCAGCUGUUGAUCUUCCUGAAAUUAUAGUUGCAACGCCAUUGCAAACUCCCAUUUUAUCAUGGAACUUGUACAUACCUCUCCUAAAAGUCCUGGAAUAUCUUCCUCGUGGUAGUCCAUCUGAAGCAUGUCUCAUGAAGAUAUUUGUUGCUACUGUGGAAGCUAUUCUUCAGAGAACAUUUCCACCUGAGCUAUCUAGAGAACAAAUCAGAAGAACUAGAUACCUUUCUGGCAUAGGAUCUGCCUCCAAAAACCUUGCUGUGGCUGAGCUUCGUACAAUGGUCCAUUCAUUGUUUUUAGAAUCUUGUGCCUCUGUGGAGCUAGCUUCACGCUUGCUUUUUGUUGUGUUAACUGUGUGUGUCAGUCAUGAAGCUCAGAGCAAUGGGAGAAAGAAACCAAGAGGUGAAGACAACUGCCCCCCUGAUGAAAUCACCGAGGAAUCACAAGUGGUAUCAGAAAACUGCAGAGAAAUUAGAAACGGAAAAAGGAAAAAACAAGGGCCUGUGGCAGCAUUUGAUUCUUAUGUUCUGGCUGCUGUUUGUGCUCUUGCUUGUGAACUUCAAUUGUUCCCUUUGAUUUCAAAAGGAAAUAAUCAUUCUGAUUCUAGAGAUGUCCAGGACAUAGCAAGGCCUGCAAAAAUCAAUGGAUCAUCUAAUGAGUUCCAAAAUAGUAUUGACUCUGCGGUUCGUCAUACUCACAGAAUAUUAGCAAUAUUAGAGGCACUUUUUUCAUUAAAGCCAUCAUCAAUUGGCACAUCAUGGAGUUACAGUUCAAACGAGAUUGUUGCUGCAGCUAUGGUUGCUGCUCAUGUUUCUGAACUCUUCAGACGAUCUAAGGCUUGCAUGCAUGCCCUGUCUGUUUUGAUGCGGUGCAAGUGGGAUAAAGAAAUUCACACCAGAGCAUCGUCUCUUUAUAACCUCAUUGAUAUUCACAGUAAAGCUGUUGCAUCUAUUGUCAACAAGGCUGAACCAUUAGAAGCACACUUAAUGAAUGCACCUGUUUGGAAGGAUGCCCUUGUGUGUUUUAGUGGCAGAAAACGAAAUGCAUGUUCCACUGCUAACUGCUUUGAAUCAGUGCGCUUAUCGCUUCAGCAGUUUGAUGACUCAACCCAUUCAAAAGCUCCACCACAGUGUGAGAAAGCAUCAGUUUUAAAUGAAAACACUGGAAAUACCUCAGGCAAAAGUAUUGCAAAUUUUCCAGUAGAUGCUUCAGACUUGGCCAAUUUCCUAACAAUGGACAGGCACAUAGGAUUUAAUUGCAGUGCAAAAGUCCUGCUAAAAUCAGUUCUUGCAGAGAAACAAGAGUUAUGUUUCUCUGUUGUUUCAUUGCUGUGGCACAAGUUGAUUGCAGCGCCUGAAACACUACCCUGUGCGGAAAGCACUUCUGCGCAACAAGGAUGGAGGCAGGUGGUUGAUGCCCUAUGCAAUGUUGUAUCAGCAUCACCGACAAAAGCAGCCACAGCAGUUGUUCUUCAGGCUGAAAGGGAAUUGCAACCUUGGAUUGCUAAAGAUGAUGAUCAAGGUCAAAAGAUGUGGAGAAUCAACCAGCGAAUUGUAAAAUUAAUUGUGGAGUUGAUGAGAAAUCACGAGAGCCCUGAGUCAUUGGUAAUACUGGCAAGUGCUUCAGAUCUUCUACUACGUGCCACUGAUGGGAUGCUCGUUGAUGGAGAAGCAUGUACUUUACCACAGUUGGAGCUACUGGAGGCAACGGCUAGAGCAUUUCAGACUCUUGUGGAGUGGGGAGAGUCUGGAUUAGCAAUUGUAGAUGGCCUCUCAAAUCUGUUAAAGUGUCGCUUGCCAGCUACCAUCCGAUGCCUUUCUCAUCCUAGUGCUCAUGUCCGUGCUCUUAGCACAUCAGUUCUUCGUGAUAUUCUGCAUACUGGUUCUAUUAGACCUAGUUCUAAGCAAGUGGACAGAAAUGGCAUUCAUACUCCUUAUCAGUUCUUCAACAUAGGAACUAUUGACUGGCAAGCAGACAUCGAGAAGUGCUUAACAUGGGAAGCUCAUAGCAGACUUGCAACUGGAUUGCCUAUUCAAUUCCUUGAUACUGCUGCAAAGGAACUAGGCUGUAAUAUUUCCAUUUGACAUCACCUAGCGUAUAGCAGUUGCCACUCCAAUUAGUCUAUUCAAGUGAGAUUUACGUGUAAAAACAAACAUAACCAUUUGGUUUGGGGGAUGUGGGUAGGCCAGGAAGUAACUGAAUUUGUUCUGUCCUAGGUAUGGUGUCACAGAAUGCUUUAUACCCCAGAUGAAGAAUGAUUAGUGUACAGAGAGACAGGACAGGACUCCCAUGAGGCUGGAUGUUGUGUUUAGUUUUUUACUUUUGUUCCAUUAAUUUUGUACGAUAUAGGCCUACACCUGCUUGGGUGUUACAUUAAUAUCUGUAAUCUGGAUCUCUAUUGAAAAGAUUCUGAAAAGCAGGCAGCAUGAGCUUGGACAGCUUUUUACUUCGUUUCUAGAUUUUAAUGAACCAUUUUCCUUUU